GUGACGUCGUUCCCGUGUGAAUUUAUUUUGGAUAGUCUUUCCGCGUGUACAAAUUUUGCAUAGCCGUUCCGCGAGCACUUUCGCUACGUACAAAAAAUAUAGUUUUGUAUUGAAGCGAAGUACGAAUACGACAUGGCGCAGUCGGCAGAUAAAACGCCACGCACGCGAGAUCAGAAAAAGAAGAAGGUCAAAGAUUUGGCCCGCGAGUUAGCCGAGGAGAAGGCGAAGAAUGCGACAUUGAGGGAAGCUUUAGAUCGUAGCCUUCAAGAAAAUCCUGAGUUGGAUUUCAAUGCGGAAAACAGGAUGAGCAGUACUCGCCACAUGGGCCCACAGAGCUUCGAGGAAUCGAAAUUUUUUUCUUCCAUGAAUCAACUCUCAGUCGCAUCAAUCAACGUGCCCGAAUGCAAAGCCCCGGACGGUGAAGAGAUUCAUCGUCAAACAUAUGAGAUGUGGAAAGAUCUGCUAGUAGAUUCUCUCAAGCUGGCGGGUGUUGACGAUGAAUCCACGAAAUUUACGGUUUUCAAAGUUAAGGCUGGAACACGACUCCUUGAGAUAUACCGGAAUACCAAAUCUCGAGAUGACGCACCGGACCAAGUUACAGCACCGUUCUCGAAUGCGCUGCAUCGCCUUCGGACGUACUUCGGGUCGGGAUCGGACGUAAUGUUGAUGAGACGUAAGCUGUCACUUAUGAUGCAGAAGCCAGAGGAAACGGACCUCAGCUUCAUAACAAGAGUCGGCUCGACAGCACGCUUGUGUGAAUUCGAUACAGAAAAGGAGUUUGAAGAAAUUGUGUCUACAGUUGCGGAGCACGCUAGAAGCAGAGAGGUACGUACCACGGCUUUAAAAAUGUUAAGUCGCAAAUGCACUUUUAUUGACCUGGUAGACAAAGUGCGUGAGAUUGAGACGAUAAGAUUAAACGAAGAAUAUGUAAUGCGCAGACAUCACAAUACCGAACCAGCAUCAGUUGCUCCGGUUCAAUCCCUUGCUAUGUGGGACAAUCUACGAGAGCAGAGAUAUCCAGGAAACUUCAUUCCCCGUGGAUCACGCGGCGGCAGUUUUCAACGUGGAAGUACAAGUCGUCGAGGUACAUGGCAAGCUAAUAGAGGCAGACAACGAGGCGGAUUUCAAACUCAUCAAUUAAAAAACGGCUCCCUUCGAAGUGAACGAUGCUGGAGAUGUGGUGGUGUGUACCAUUCAGCAAGUGAGUGUACUGCGAGAGUUAAAAGUUGCAACCGGUGUGGACGUCUUGGACACAUCCAAAGAGUGUGUUCAUAUUCGGAGGCCAACAAGCGUCCGGCAACAGAAGUAUUGGAUACGGUUCCCAACAAAAUAGCUGCAAUUGAGGUUCCAGAUGAAGAACUCAAAGACGAACCGGAAACAAAGAUUGCUUCGUCUCCACAUGCUUGUACUGCACUGGUUUCUUCUAACCGAACAGAGCAAGAUUCUAAACCAGCAAAAAUGAUAUCCGAAUCCUUGAGAUGCCCAACUGAAGCGAUAGCGCUAUCUGCUCCUUCGACUAUUACAAACGUGUGUGUACUAGUUGGCGCUAAAAAAAAUGAUAACAGUGUACAUCCACGAGUGAGUAUAGUAAGUGCAAUAUCACCUGAGUCAACGACACUGAUGACCGAAGGCACAAUUUUGGCUACUGUGGCUGGUUUACGGUGCUCAUUUUUGAUUGAUUCUGGAGCAGAAGUGAAUACCUUCAUGCUAAAAUUGUUUAACCAAAUGGUCUCGGAUCCAAAAUACAACAACGAACUAUUCGACGUAAGCUAUACAUCAGAUCGAUCUCUCAAAGCUUACGCAACAUCUGGAAGAAUUGAUGUAUUAGCGACAUUCCAUGCGUAUUUGCACAUUUCCGAAGACAGGCCGACGCUAUUGGAGAAAUUUUAUGUGGUGAAGGAAAAUCGAGCACUUUUGAGUCGACAGACGGCAUGCAGAUAUAGCGUACUCAUGCUUGGAUUGAAUGUCCCAAUCAGACCACACACAACUGGAACAAGAGAUGAACUAUUUGCCGGAGAGAUUGCAGCAAUUAGCUCCAAUGGUAUUUUUCCGAAAUUCAACGUCCCACCCGUAAAAAUCUAUUACGAUACAACGAAGGCGCCAUGCAGAAACGUUUUCGUUAAUGUUCCACUGGCCGUUAAACCAUUGGUGGAGAAGCGACUACGUGAAUUAGUAUCAGCAGAUAUUAUCGAGAGAGUGAUUGACGGAAUGGAUACUUCCUUCUGCUCAUCUAUGUUGGUGGUACCAAAGGGGAAGGACGAUAUACGGCUGGUGAUUGACUUGAGAGGACCGAACCGAUAUAUUCAACGAAAUCCAUUCGCAAUGCCAACAUUGGAAAAAAUAUUAGCCGAACUUGAUGGAGCAGCAUGGUUUUCCGAUUUAUCUCUCAAACGCUUUCUUCCAUAUUGAACUCGACGAGGCAUCGCGACACCUUACGAACUGCUUUACGGAGUAUGGAAUGUUCAGGUGCGUCAGGCUUCCUUUUGGAUUAA